GUCACACUCCACUCCACUGACGGCCGCGGCAGCAGGAGCGGCGCGGCGCGGACGGCGAGACGACCCCAGCUACGGCACCGGGGCGAUGGCGCUGCUCUCUCUGGGCCGAUGGCAGCGGAGAAGAAGCCGCACUCGCAGCCGGCGCUGUCGUGGUCGUCCAUCCCGCUCGACCUGGCCGGCCUGGUGCUCCGCCUGCUCCCCACGUACGCCGACCGCGCCCGCUUCGCCGCGGUGUGCCCACAGUGGCGUGCCGCCGCAAAGCGGGAGCAGCUGCUGCCCCCGCCACUGCCACUGCUCGCGCUGCCUGACAACACCUUCUACAGCCUACCGUAUACCAAGCCCUUCCGCUUCCCUGGCUGCAGCUUUGCUGGGUAUCAGAGUGCCUGUGGCAACUGGCUCGUCUUCCCCCGUGACGACGGCUGCUUUUUGGUCAACCCCUUCUCUAGGGAAACAGUGACGCUCCCUCCUCUCUCCAGCGUCCGGCUUCGGCCUGCAAAUGCAGUCGCCAAAUGGUCAGAGGAGGGCACCGUGAAAUAUGCGGCACCUUACACUACAUGGAUGCAUAUCAAUACAUCUGAGAAGCUGCACAUAAGUAAGCUAAUCCUAUGCUCGCCAAAUCUCGUUGCUGCACUAGUCGGCAUUGGACACACCAGUCAGAUUCUCAUGUGCCAGCCAGGGGCCUUGUCGUGGUCAGUACGCGCCUACGAUCGGUGCAAGCGGUUCGAAGACAUGUCAUUUUACCAGGGAAAGCUCUACGCCAUUGCCAAUGACGAGAACCUUCUUGUGGUUAACAUCAGCCAGGACCAAAGCACCAGCGACCCGCAGGUCUCUCGGAUUGGACAAGUCAUCGAGGGUGAGCCAUGGAAUCCAAUUGUGUUCAAUGACAACACUAUGCCCUGCAAGAAGCUCUACCUGGUGGAGUGGCAUGGGGCGUUGCUGAUGGUACGGAGGGCGGUUUGGUGCCAGGUACCUGCACCUGGAGUGCGCGGUGAAGUUGUUGCCAGAGAGAGCAGCUUUGAGGUUUUUGAGGCUGACUUUGAGCAUUCACGGUGGGUCGAGGUGUCGGCUUUGGGGGGUUUGAUGUUUCUAGGGCGAAGGUGCUCCAUGGUUUUGUCCUUGUCUCACUAUGGGAUCCCCGAUGGUCACAUCUUUUUCUUGGAUGAUGAUGAGGAGAAUCUUGUGGAGUAUGGCUAUGACAAGGAGAACACUUCUUUCGGCACCUAUGACAUAAGAUCUGACAGAGUCCGUUCUGUUCAUCCAGAUAUUUCCUGGAAGCGUGGCGAUGAGAUGCGUCUGGCAGCAUGGCUCUUCCCGCAGGACUGAAGCGGAGGUGUUAUACUGUUAUCCCUAUGCAUGCUGCUUCUGGGUUAUCUGACCGUGCCAUAGCUGUUGUUGUUCGGUGGUUUUUUUGCAAGCUGCUCACAUGUUACCUAUCUGACCGUGGUAUGUAUGGUAGUUGGUGUGGUGUUCAGUGGAACCCAUGCAAGCCAUGAAAUGCAUUAGUAGUAAUUUAUCUGAGCUAGGUUACUCUGUUAAGUGCCGUGUAUUAGUACUUGUCUGAACUAGUAAUUGUGGUGGUUGAUAUGCAAGCUGUUGACUGUGUCGGUUUUCAACUGGUACUGUGGUUGUUGCCUGUGCCUACAAAAAACUCAAAAUGCAUAACUUCUUCUCUGUAUCUUUGA